AUGAAAUUGGGCGGUGUUGUUUUUGAAAAGGAAAUACCACUACUUCGUAAUGCAAAGACUCGGCACGACAAUUCAUCAUUCAGAUAUCAGAUUGAUAUUCUAAUGGUGGCCGAUUACUCAGUUUAUACCAAUUUCUUGGAUAUUGUUCGGGGUGAUGAAUAUUCGGCAUUUUCUGCCACGAAAGAUUACCUGUAUGCUAUUUUUGAGCAGAUGCGUUCAAUUUACGACGGUAAUGGUUUAUUCGAGAAUAUCCCAGUAACCUUAAAUUUGGCAUCAACAAUGGCAAUAAUUCGUGAAGAUGAUUGCCCAUUAGCGCCAUUUCUUAAUCAGACCGAAUCAAAUGAUUUAGAAAAUAUAACGCAGAUGAAUGGAUUGGAUGCUGUAAAUUAUGUGCAGAAAUGGGUGACUGAUUAUUCACAAUGGAUUCCAGCUCAUAAUCAUAUUACUGUUUUGACGAAAAUCGAUUUACUUUCUCCAAAAGGUGAUUCAAGCACUCAAGGAAUGGCAUAUGUUGGAGCAAUGUGUCGUGUUGCCGAAUCAGCAAGUGUAGUGGAGGAUAUUGGCGGUAUGACUACUGCUGUAAUUGCUGCACAUGAAUUAGCCCACAGCCUUGGUGCAUUUCACGAUGGCGCUGCUGGAUCAACUGAAAAAUGUGGAGGAAAUUAUCUGAUGUCCGCAACAGUAUCAGGCUCAGAUGAUGAACAAAAAUUCUUUAACACAUUCAAAUUCUCACCGUGUUCAAUUCAACAAAUUCAAUUAUUUUUUACGAACGGAACAGCUGACUGCUUACUGCGUUCAAAAAGUCGUGAAAGGCGAUUACGGCGCACUUCACAACGUAAGCAUCGUAAGCCUGGGGAAUUGUUCGUGCAGCAGAAUCAGUGUAAGAUUGCAUUUGGACCUCAUUAUAGUGUCUGUCCGAGGAAGGAAUAUUUAUCGAAGGAUCCAUGUCGACGACUUUGGUGCAAAAAUCGGCAGCUGCGCAAAAUGGGACCAUGUGAAACCAAAUUUUAUCUGCCUUUAUUGGACGGGACGAAAUGUGGACUUGAUAAGUGGUGUCUUGGUGGAAAUUGUAUAGCAACCAAUAAAGAAAGAGAAUACUGCGUUGAUUUGAAUCCCUCAAUGUGCCUUGAAUUAUCUGAUGAAAAGCUUCGCAAAUAUUGCCACUCGAAACACUUUCGUUCGUUGUGUUGCGUUACUUGUUCUCAAUUUAUGCAUCGUGUCUUCACCACUUCAUCUUAUGAUUCAUAA